UGUCCCUCGGACACAGCGGAUCAUGGAAAGAGCCGAAGAUGUCGGCUCGGUCAUGUGAUCCGCUGUGUCCAAUCACAGCGGAUCACUGAUCAUCAGGGCCCUGAUGAUCAGUGUGCCCUGAUGUUCAGUGUGGCCCCAAAAGUGCCACCUGUCAGUGUCCAUCAGUGCCAGCAGUCAGUGCUCAUCAGUGCCCCGUGCCAGUGCCACAUCAAUGCCACAUAUCAGUGCAUACCAGUGCACAUCAAUGCCACAUAUCAGUGCCCAUCUGUGCUGCCUUUAAAUGUCACCCAUCAGUGCCAGUCAGUGCCACCUAUCAGUGCUGCCAAUCAGUACCACCUAUCAGUGCCAGUCAGUGUCGCCUAUCAGUGCCAGUCAGUG